AUGUUUUCUACUAGUUCUCAAAGGAAGUUCUGGACUUUCAGUGAUGAGAAUGAGCUGGCGCGUCAUCGUGAGAAACAUAAUUUGGACUACAUAUCGAGACAUGGACAUCAAAUUGAUGAAUAUCAAAGAUAUAACUUUUUCUUGUCCCCAGAGGAAGAGAGGCUGCUCCUCCGCCAGUAUGAACUUCAUUUGAAGGAGUUUUGUAAAAGAUUUUCACCGCCAAUGCCGAAAGGUGUUGUAGGGACAGCUUUUCACUAUUUCAAGCGUUUCUAUUUAUAUAACUCAUCGAUGGACUAUCAUCCAAAAGAAAUUCUGGCAACUUGUGUCUAUUUAGCAUGUAAGGUUGAAGAAUUUAAUGUAUCCAUUGGUCAAUUUGUGGCAAACAUUAAAGGUGACAGAGACAAAGCUUCUGAUAUAAUAUUAAACAAUGAAUUACUGCUAAUGCAACAAUUAAAUUAUCACCUUACAAUUCAUAACCCUUUUAGACCUGUUGAAGGGUUUCUAAUUGAUAUAAAAACAAGGUGCUGCACCCUACCAAAUCCAGAACGUCUCCGAAGCGGCAUAGAUGAAUUUCUUGAAAAGGUCUUUCUAACCGAUGCAUGCCUUCUAUAUGCACCUUCUCAGAUAGCAUUAGCAGCUGUAUUACAUGCAGCAAGCAAAGAACAAGAAAACUUGGACAGUUAUGUCACCGAUAUGUUAUUUCGUGAUGCAGGGCCGGACAAAUUAGCAAUUUUAAUUGAAGCGGUACGUAAAAUUCGUUCUAUGGUUAAAAUGGUAGAAAGUCCAGCAAGAGAAAGAGUAAGAGUUAUUGAGAAGAAGUUAGACAGGUGUCGUAAUCAAGAAAAUAAUCCAGACAGUGAGAUUUAUAAGCGACGUAUGAGAGAAGCAUUGGAUGAAGAUGAUAUCCCACAUACAGGACCAUCAAGAAUGUCGUUAGAUACUAGUGGUGUGACACAGGUGCUGUCACCAUCAGCAUCUUAG